UAACCUGUUGAAUGUUAUCAUUAGUAUAUAGAUAUCUAAGAACGAAAAUAAUUUUGAAAACGUAUCGCGAUAAUAAUCUUAAAUCUUACGCGAAAUCAGAAAUACCUUUGUAUUCAUACGCGCGACUAAAUACUAACGGUCAUUUUCUAGGCCGAUGCGCACAAAGCUUUCUCAUUGGUUGAUAUUAAUACAUUUUUGACCAAUCAAAGAAUAAAUAGAAAAUGGUAUACUCGAUUAGUAUAUAUCUCGAACAUAUUAAUAAUUAUUUAAAAUCUUUAUCGAAUUGGUUCUAAAAAAAUAUAAUUAUUAAGAAUAUUUCAUUAUUCUGCAUUUUAAGUCGAAUGGUUGCAACGAAAAGGUUUUUAGAAUUUUACGCAGAACUUAACCUCUCAACUGUCAAAACAAAAAAUUUAGUUGGUUAGAUUGAUUAUUUUUAACAUCUUUUAAUAUAUUUUAAUAUGUCUCAAGUAUAUGACAAUUAUUAUAAUGAUUAUCAUAAAAAUGCUGAAAUGCAGCAGAAUUUAAAAUAUAAAAAGAAAUAUCGGAAAUUGAAAAGAAUUGUGAAGGACACAGUUUUUGAAAAUGCAGCAUUAUGCGAUCAAGUGGCACAAAUGCAAGAAAAUCUUAUGCUUAUGAAAGAAGAGAGACUUUUUCUCCUACGAAAAUUAUGUCAGCAACAAGGAGAAAUAGACCCAGGUACAAUGAUGGUACGAUCUCAAUCGAAUAAUCUUAAUUCCUCUUCUUUCAAUUCAGAAUGUUCUACGCCUAAGAAGACAGUAAAGAAGAGAAUCUCAAUGGAUGCCUCGGAGACUAAAGUUAAGCCAAAACGAUAUAACAAAACAACAAGAAGAGCAGUAAACCUAAUACCUUUAGAUGUAAAUGGAAGACCUAUAUUUCCUAUUUCAUUAGGUGAUCUUACAGUAUAUUCUCUUGGUGAAGUGGUUUCAGAUAGAAUAGCAUAUCAUACAGAAGACCUCAUUUUUCCGGUAGGAUACUGUAGUACAAGAAUAUAUGCUAGUUUACGCGAUGUAAGAGCCAAAAGUUUAUACACUUGCAAAAUUUUGGACGGUGGAUCGAGACCUAGAUUUGAAAUAGUCUCUGACAAUGAUCUCGAUCAAGCAUUAAUAGGAUCUACUCCCGACGAAUGUCAUUCACGAUUAUUAACAGCCAUUUCCCCUGCUCUUCGCUCAAUAACACCAAGAGGAGCUGAUUUUUUUGGUGUUUCACAUCCUACAAUUCAAAAUCUUAUACAAAGCUCCCCAGGAACUCGCAAACUUAUCGCAUACAAACAACAACGUUUCGAAGUAGGUAAAAAUCAUAUUAUUGAAAGAGGUACUAGUCCUAUGAUAGAAGAAGAGGCAGACCCAGGAUUAGGAUUUGCAGCUCUUCAUAAACACUAUGCGCUAUCUAAUUCUUAUAGAAUUAAGGAAGAACCUUCAGAUCAUGAUCUUUUAGCUCUUCAAGAUUUACUUUCAUGAUUUUUUCAACAAAAACAACAAAUACAUUUUAACUUUUUCUUU